GGAGUUUAGUGGCUAUACUACACAAGUGAAGUAUGGAAUUGAUCGAGUGAUGUGCACUUUGCCCCGAAUGUAUCAGUUGGCACAGGGCGGAACGGCUGUUGGGACUGGAUUGAAUACAAAGAAGGGGUUCGAUGUUAACAUAGCAGCAGCAGUAGCUGAGGAAACAAACUUGCCCUUUGUCACAGCAGAAAAUAAGUUUGAGGCCUUGGCUGCCCACGAUGCUUUUGUUGAAGCCAGUGGAGCCCUCAACACAGUUGCAACAUCUUUAAUGAAGAUUGCAAAUGAUAUACGUUUAUUAGGAAGUGGUCCUCGUUGUGGCCUUGGUGAACUCAUUCUUCCUGAAAAUGAACCAGGAAGCAGUAUUAUGCCUGGAAAGGUUAACCCUACCCAGUGUGAGGCUCUCACAAUGGUCUGUGCACAGGUCAUGGGAAACCAUGUAGCCAUCACAGUUGGUGGAGCAAACGGUCAUUUUGAACUCAAUGUAUUUAAACCGAUGAUUGCAAGUUGUCUCCUGCAUUCACUUAGACUACUUGGAGAUGCGUCAGCUUCCUUUGAGAAGAAUUGCGUAAGAGGUAUUCAAGCUAAUAGGGAAAGAAUUUCAAAAUUAUUGCAUGAGUCACUAAUGCUUGUCACAUCCUUGAACCCAAAAAUCGGUUAUGACAAAGCCGCAGCAGUUGCCAAGACAGCGCACAAAGAGGGAACCACUCUUAAGGAUGCUGCGUUGAAGCUUGGAGUACUAACCUGUGAAGAAUUUGACACUCUUGUGGUGCCUGAGAAAAUGAUUGGCCCAACCGAUUGACCGAAUAUUAGGUUUAUGUAAAAGCUUCAGGGAUAGUUCCCUGUUGCAUUGAAGUAUUAUUUUUUUAACCCCAUCCUUUGAUUGGGUCGAGGAAUGAUUGGUUUAAUAAGUUAAAAUUUUGACGUCCAAAAUUGGUAUUCUUGAGGGAGGGGCCCCUACAGAUUUGGAAGGAUUCAAUGUGAUGCGGAACUUGCUGACACAAAUAAAGGAACUUUUUCAUUUUUCUGGCCA